GCCUGCCAUCACCAAAUCGAAAAGAAUCACAAAGGCAGAAAACUCCCCAAUCUGUGGAAUUUCCGGAGGAGAGAGCACAACCAUCGCAUCGAGUUAUCAGCAAACAGCAUGUCGAAGCUCAGGAACCUGUUGCCCACAAUCUUUGGCGGGAAGGAGGCGCAAAGUCCGCCCGACGAAGGACGCCUGGAAAAAGAUGCAGCGCCCGUGGACGACAGCGAGGCAGAUAACAACAACAGCGGAGCCCUAGCGCUGCCCGCCUCCAUUGGCACGCCCACUGCCUCCGCGGAUCUCACCGAAUCCGUGCUGCGUGAGCUCAGCGAUCCCAACUACAACUCCAUGGACGUAGUCCAAUCCGCCAAUAUCCCGGGCACCGUAAGCAAUGCCCAGACGAACAACACAAUGAACGUGCACAGCGCCCAGCAACAGGUGGUCAUGAACUUCUCGAAUGCCAGCAACCUGCACUUUGGCUCCGUCUACAACAUCAACCAGAACCUAAGCGCCAGCAGUUCGCGCAAGGGCAGCACCAGUGCCACGGAGGAGGCGGUCGCCCAGCCGGAGGGCAAGCAGCGGUCCACUGCCGCCCGCAAAACAGUCAGCAUUGUAACCAUGAUGCAGUCACAGGAGGAACCGGACGUUCGUCUCCUGGAUGUGGUCUCCACCCACUUGGGCGAGGGUUGGAAGCAGGUGAUGCGGGACCUGGGUCAGUCGGAGGGUCAGAUCGACCAGGCCAUAAUCGACCACCAAAUGCACGGCAACAUAAGAGAGGUGAUUUACCAGCUGUUGCUCCAGUGGGUUCGCAGCUCGGAGAACGGUGUGGCAACUGUGGGACGACUCACGACACUGCUGUGGGAGUCCCAGCAUCGCGAUUGCGUGCAGCGCAUGAAACUGGUUUGGAAAGCACUGGAAAAGCGCAAGACCAACAGCUAGCCAGUGAAAGGGAUUCAAGAAUACCGAUGCCAGAACGAAAACGAUGCAUUUGGAUGUCCAAACCUGUGGGAGGAUGGAGACUGGCAAGGCUAGCUCAUCUCCAAAGUCUGCAA